UCCGCAUAAUCGUAAAGGCAAACAAGUACAUAUGUAAUGCCAACAGGCAUGAGCUUACACACAAUUGUAGGUAUUUAUAAAUACAUUGCUGUAUAUUUAGAUCGCGUAAAGAUUUACACAAAUACAUAUGUACAUACAUAAAUAUAAUACAAAUUGCAUGUACACACGCAGUUGAUGUUUCAUUAAUUUUCCUUGAUUUUCCAUUUCCUCAUUUUCUUUGCACAUUUCUCUCAGAUCUUUUACUUCAUUUUGUUAAUUUUCGAAAGAUAUUUUCGUAGCCAAGAAAUGCAGUUGUGCCAGAGAUUUUUUAAAAAUUACGAACCAGUUCGUUUAGUGCUUUAAAUUGAAACAGUACGCGCGCGUGCGGAAGUUUGCGAAUAAAGUUUUAUUACAAAGAAUAUAAUUUUUCAUCAAAACAAUUUUAUUUUGAGCAUAAAAAAUAAAUUACAAAAUAAAGGAAGGAAGUCAGAUAAUAUUUAGAAGACGUAUUGCAUUUCAAAUGUUUUUAUACGAAAAAUGAAAUGUAAAAUUAAAGAAAAAAUAAAAAAAAUCUAACGAAAUUCAAUCGAUUCUAACCCAUUGAGUGCUUGCAAUAAAAAACUUUGAAUAUAUUGUGUUACCAAUUAGCGGACAGUAUAGCAGAAUAGCAAAAAUUAAAGAAGAUAGUAAAGAAUUACCAUGAAACGUUAUUACCGUUAUAAUUGAGAAAUAUCUACAUUUUAAUAACCUACUCUAAAAAGUGCCUCUAAAGAAAGUGCAUAGAGACGUUCUUGUGAUUCUAUUUUAAAAAGUAAUAAAAAAAUAAAUUUACCAUUGCGGCAAAUUUAGUUCCUCACCCUAAGUAGGAAGACAGCAAAAAGUGGUAAAAAAGUGUGCGUGCACAGUGUGCAGCAGCAGUUUUUUGAUGCGGGCACUAAAACUGUGAAAAAUGGAGCAAUUUGAGCAACUAUUAACUUGUUGUGUGUGCCUUGAUCGGUAUCGCAUACCAAAAUUGUUGCCAUGCCAACAUUCUUUCUGCAUGGAGCCAUGUAUGGAAGGUCUCGUGGAUUAUGUUCGACGACAGGUCAAAUGUCCCGAGUGCCGUGCGGAACAUCGCAUUCCCUACAAUGGAGUACAAGCGUUUCCAACAAAUGUAACAUUGCAACGUUUCCUGGAGCUGCAUAUCGAGAUAACCGGCGAGUUGCCCGAUCCAACGUCAGGUCAAAUAAUGGAGCGGUGCAGCGUGUGUUCAGAGAAAUCGUAUCUCUCAUAUUGUGCGCAUUGUGAGAAGAAAAUUUGCGAGGACUGCAAGAGCGCGCAUAUGGAUAUAUUGCGACGUGAGAUAACUCGUUUUAAUUCACAAAUUCGUCGCAGUUUACAUCGCCUGCAGGACACACUUGCCAUAAUUGAGAAGAAUACAACUAGUCUUCAAACAAAUUGCGUUGGCGUAACCGAAGAGAUCGAUGAAAUCUACAGACGUAUCACCAAAGCGAUUAAAGAUCGUACCGAUCAGUUAAGAGGUGAAGUCGAUCGUUAUCACACCAUUGAGAUGCGUAAUCUGACAACGUUGAAAGAAAAUCUCGAUCUAGAGAUACAAAAUAUUUCCGGAAAUUGCGAUAUUGUUGAUAAGUACAUGAAUGACACAGUCGAAUGGGACGAUUGUGAGUUGAUGGAUACGAAAGAGAUCUUCCUCAAGACGGUUGAGUUCCUACGUCAUUUCGAGUAUGAGAAUGCCGAUUAUACGCGUCGUGUGCGUUUUCUUGUAUCAAUUGAUCCCAAUCAGCUUGUCAUGAACCUGGCCACAUUUGGUGACUUGAAUAUAGCGCCGCAUUCACAGCCCAGCGGUUCGGUAAGCAGUUCACAUUUGGCGCCACCUUCCGGUCUGCAACCCGGUUUGAUGCGUUCGAAAAGUGAUCAUCGGCUCGCUACACAAUUCCGUCAACAAGAGGAACGUGUCGGCUAUAAUGACGAGCCAGUUUUGGGUGGACGUAAAUUUGGCGAGCGACCAGUUCGUGCCAACAACGAUCGCUAUGGUGGUGGUGGUGACAGCAACAAUAGCCGUUAUGGUCGGGGUGCCGACUACGACUACGAGAAUGAUUACGACAACGAUCAGCCGACAUCACGUACUGGAAAGUCAUCACGUUUCCGUUCCCGCUUCGUGCGUUCACAUCAAAACGAGGAUUCCGACAGCGAACAACAGGAGACAAAACGUCAACAAGAGUUGGAGAAGAAAAAAGAUCGCGUGCUAAGCGGUGAGGAUGUGUCCCGUGGCCAACUGAGUGGCAUUAUACGUUUGAGUGAUUGUGCGCGUGUCAUACAACGCUUGGCGGAUAUUGGUAAGGAGAAGAAGGAAAAGAAAGUGGAUACAGCUGCGCAAGCGGCCGUACAGGCAGCUAUACAGGCACAAAAAGCUUCAAUGCAACGUCCCAAGCAGGGAGCGGCCGCUCAAAGACAAGUUUCCGAAGAUGAUGAGAUUAGUCGCAUUAAACGUCAGAACAAGAAUGCACCCGGAGGCGCUACAACACAAGCCAGCACUGUCGGCCCUACAGCAGCAACGACAGACUCCGAGCGACCAGCGGCGGAUCGUGUAGCUGCACUUAAGCGUACCGGUUUAGGACAAGGCACCAGCGAGGAAAGCGAUAGCUCCAAUCAUGCUUCACCAGUGCGUAGGACGCCACCACCAAGAGCUGAGUCCAAAGCGCCCGUAUCAGCACAGGUAGCCGCCGUCAAGAAGACAACACGGUCGGGUAGCAGUGAUUCCACAGCAUCAACAGAGAGUUCCACAAGUUCAGCGGCAGCAGCGGCACCAAGCAGUUCACGUGCCCGUGAAAGUCCAGCACGUACACGUGCUACACCAGCCGCUACAACAAAUGCUACCGGCAGUAGCGCCAGCAGCAGUGGUGCUGCAACAACGGAGAAGAAACCAUUCGUAAGCCGUUUCCUGCCACAACAUAGUAGCGCGGCUACGAGCAAUGACAAGAAGAAGGCCGAAAGCGAAUCGAGUAGCGAGGAAGAGACCUCCACUGAAGAGUCUGAAGAUGAAGUUGACACGAAAACGAAAACAACUGCGGCCACUACAACUAGCUUGGCUGCAAAGAGUCCGGCUGGUGGGAGCGCGCUAUCAUCGACUGCAGGUGCUGGUAGUUCCAGUAGCGGUGCCUCUUCGUAUCGCGAACGCUUGGAAGCGCGUCGCAAUUCACGUGAUGAUGCCUCAUCGCGUACAUCAUCGAGCUAUGCAACACCGUCCAGCAGUGGCACCAGUGGCUAUGGUUCUUCAACACGCCAACGCCCCGUGCCAGCCGCACAUCACGCACAUGACUCGGACGAUCGCUACGGCAGUGGCAGCGCCGCCUCAGGCAGCAGCUACACAAGCCGCUUUCUAAAUAAAAGCAAGAGCAGCGCUAUUGUAUCACAACCAUCGCUCUCCACGCCCACCGCCUCCUUCGAUGAGGAUGCCAACGGCACUGGUGACGAUUCGGACUCACGCUAUGGCACCGGACGUUCACGCUAUUUGGCGAUGAAGGAGCGACGCAGCCGUUUGGCGCGUAGCCGCUCAUCGCAUGCGCUCGGCAACGAUGACGACGAUUUAGAUGAGCCGGUAUCGCCGACAACGGCAUCACCAUCUGCUUAUUUGGCUUCAAGAUAUUCCGGUUAUGGGGGUAGCGAUUUGGCACGUAGUCGUUCAUCGCAUGCUUUAAAAUCACGCGACAAUUCACCCAUCACCGAACGUCCAACACGUCCAGCUAUCGUCACAGCCGCUGGCUCUAGCACGUCCGCCGCAGCGGAUAGCAAAGAUGGCGAAGCGAUGAGCUCCUGGGCGCGCUACUUAAAGAAUAAAUAUGGCAAUAAGAUCGUCAAGGACACACCGUCCACUAGCAGCAGUAACGCCUCAGCUGUCCCAUCGUCUUCGCAUAGCCAUGGCGCUGGCGUUGGCGUUGGCGGCAGUAGCAGUAGCAGUAGCGGUAGCAGUGCCGCCGGUCGUAGUCACGCCAGCGACGUGUCGCGUCGCCUAAGUUUAGGGCUGCCGUUGCGGCAGGCCAAUGAGCUGGCCUCAUCCGAUGAUGACGGUUCAAAAAACGGGGUAGGCUCCCCUACCUCCCCUACGGUAGCAGCAGCGGCAGUAGCCGGUAUAACCGGAGCAGCAGGUACUUCCCUUAGGGAAUUAUACUUGCGUAAACGUCAGCAGCUGUUCCAAUUGGGGGGACGGGGGAGCGAGCCCGGAUCCUUUACAUGGCCACGUGGCGUAGCAGUUGGUCCAGACAAUAGCUUCGUCGUGGCCGAUUCGUCAAAUCAUCGCGUACAAGUUUUCGACUCGAAUGGUAUAUUUGUAAAAUCCUUCGGUGAAUUUGGUUGCCGUGAAGGCGAGUUCGAUUGCUUGGCCGGUGUGGCGAUCAAUCGCAUUGGACAAUACAUCAUAGCAGAUAGAUAUAAUCAUCGCAUACAAGUACUCGACCCACAAGGACGCUUUUUGCGUGCAUUUGGCUCACAAGGCAUUACCGAUGGCAAAUUCAAUUAUCCUUGGGGCAUAGCCACCGAUUCAUUGGGUUUCAUUUAUGUUUGUGACAAGGAAAAUCAUCGAGUACAGGUAUUUCAAUCAGAUGGCACUUUUGUUGGUAAAUUUGGCAAGCUUGGUCCUUUAGAAGGUGAACUUGAACAUCCACAUUACAUAGCUGUAUCGAAUACGAAUCGUGUUAUUGUAUCCGAUUCCAAUAAUCACCGCAUUCAGAUUUUCGACGUCAACGGAAAAGUUUUAAAAAUAAUCGGUUCCGAAGGUUCCGACGAUGGCCAGCUUAAAUUCCCACGGGGCAUCGCUGUGGAUGACCAAGGUUAUAUUGUCAUCGCCGAUGCGGGUAAUAAUCGCAUACAGAUCUAUAGUCCGGAUGGCACAUUCUUGAAAACCUUCGGCUCAUGGGGUUCCGGCCAAACGGAAUUCAAAGGACUCGAAGGUGUUGGCAUAAUGUCGAACGGGAAUAUUUUGGUAUGCGAUCGUGAGAAUCAUCGUGUGCAAGUCUUCUAAAGCAAAGCGAAAAAUAAUAAAAAUAAAU